CGCCAGUCCUCUUGCAGCGAGGGAGAGGAAGGAGGCGUGGUUAGCUCUCCCUAUGUUGACAUGACAUCACUACUUAUCUAUCAGCAUCACCACACAAGUCGCUCUUGCUUGUCGUCUUUUAGUUGCCUGUUUAGCGAGCUUUUAACAUUUAGCGCCUACUUUUUAUGCGGUGGAGCGACUAUACCGCAUUCUUAUCACCAAACAAAUCAACUUGCAUUUGUGUUCGGACACUUAAGUCAUUCUUCUAGAGUGAUACGUUUCUUUUAGAGGUCUCGAGAUAACGACGACAACACACCGGCUCUUCUAAGGGUUUCCGAUCCCUUUCUCAGAACGCAGCAGGGAGCGCCAGUCAUGACUUUCAGUAGAGGCUGCCCUGGGUUGUUCCGACACAGACCCGACAUCAUCUGAUUUUGGAGACACCGACGACACGGCCUAAAAUUAAUGCCGAUGUCUGCUGAUCGGAACGUUAACUUGCUCGCCGAAUUGGCGCGGAGGCCUGGCAAUUCUGAAUGCAACGAGUGCGGUAGCAAAAAACCAGAAUGGGCUUCUUACAAUAUCGGCGUGUUUCUUUGCACGCGCUGUGCAGGCAUCCAUCGGGGUCUGGGUGCUCACAUUUCCAAAGUGAAGCACCUGAAGCUUGAUCGGUGGGAGGAUAGCCAGGUGGAGCACAUGAAAGAGGUGGGCAACGUGGCCGCCAAGCUCAAGUACGAGCAGCGAGUGCCACCUUGCUACCGCCGACCCACCGAAUCGGACCCACAAGUUCUUCUGGAACAAUGGAUCCGCGCCAAGUACGAGAGGCUCGAGUUCACCAACCCAGAAAACCAGGUGUACACCUCAGGGUACAUGCAAGGUUUCCUGAUGAAAAGAGGCAAGGAUGACAACAAAUACCACCCACGACGCUUCGUUUUGCAAGAAAAAGAUGGCACGCUCAGAUAUUUUGUUAAAGAAAAGAAGGAACCAAAGGCAAUACUGAAUGUGAUUGAUCUCAAUGUGGCAUUUGCGCCCGCCAAGCUUGAUUGUGCCAACUCCAUGCAACUCAGCUUCGUGAAAGACGGUGGCACCAGACACAUUUUCGUCUUGCACAACGAUCCAGAAGAAAUAGUUAAGUGGUACACCGCCAUCCGCUGUGUUAAACUGCACAGAUACCAAGUAGCAUAUCCAUCUGCAUCUGAAUCUGAGUUGGUCAAUUGUCUGAGCAGGGAUUUCAUUCGUGAAGGCUGGCUCUCAAAAACAGGUCCUCGGCCAACGGACAGCUACAAAAAGCGGUGGUUCACUUUGGAUGACCGAACGCUGAUGUACCACGACGACCCAAUGGACGCCCAUCCGAAAGGAGAAAUAUUUUUGGGUUGUGCAAAUGAUGGCUAUUCAAUCAGACUGGGAGUUCCACCUGGCGCUAAAGAGCUGGACUUUAGUUUCACGCUGCACACGCCAGGUCGGUCGUACCUAUUAUCUGCAACCACUGAUGACGAGAGGGACAAGUGGAUGCUUGCCAUUGAAAAAGUCAUAGAAAAAAGCCUCACGCCACAAGAUAAUUUAGUAUUACUAAAAUUGCAAGCUGCAUCAAGGAUUGUGUCAUCAAAGAAAAAAGGCACCAGUGGAAUCUUCUGACCUAACUGAAGAAUGAAUAUUAAAUAAAGCUUGUGUUUUAGAAAAUCUAAAGCAACCGUGAUGCACAGGAA